UCUGCUUCUCGUUAGGAGGACACCCCUCCAUCUGUUCACAGCUCAGCCUGUUUCCAAUUUAAAGCCCAGAUUUCAACACAAAUCUCAAUUCCUUUUCCCUGUCUUAAAUGCAAAGCAAGGAUUGUGAAUCACAGUGUCUCUGCUACUGGGAUUCGAACCAAACUUCCCCCCAAAAUUCUCAGGCUAUUUGUUUGAAUACCUGCUUACAGUGGUACACAAUGGGCAGCUUUGAGAAGAAAAACUGAUAAUCUUCACGGAAGAGUAAUUUGAAUGAAAUUACACUUGACAGCCUGUCUCCAAGCAAACAAGAGGAAGGAGGGAGCCUUAGCUAAGCUCUGAGGACUUGCCUAAGCCACUGCUGUUGGAGCUUCCCAGGGAAAAAAAAAAAAUCACCAGUUUUUCCAACAUCUAAUUGAGCUUUUUGAUUAAUUCCGUGUACCAGAUUCUACUGUAGAAGGGUAGCCAUGGAAGAGAAUAUGGAAGAGGGACAGACACAAAAAGGGUGUUUUGAGUGCUGUAUUAAAUGCCUGGGAGGCAUUCCCUAUGCUUCUCUGAUUGCCACCAUCCUGCUCUAUGCUGGAGUGGCCCUGUUCUGUGGCUGUGGUCAUGAAGCACUUUCAGGAACAGUCAACAUUCUGCAAACCUACUUUGAGAUGGCAAGAACUGCUGGAGAUACACUGGAUGUCUUUACCAUGAUCGACAUCUUUAAGUAUGUGAUCUAUGGUAUCGCAGCUGCAUUCUUUGUGUAUGGCAUUUUGCUGAUGGUGGAAGGUUUCUUCACAACUGGCGCCAUCAAAGAUCUCUAUGGGGAUUUCAAAAUCACUACUUGCGGCAGAUGUGUGAGCGCCUGGUUCAUUAUGCUGACAUACCUCUUCAUGUUGGCCUGGCUGGGCGUCACAGCUUUCACCUCACUGCCAGUUUACAUGUACUUCAAUCUGUGGACCAUCUGCCGAAACACCACGUUAGUGGAGGGAGCAAAUCUCUGCCUGGACCUUCGUCAGUUUGGAAUUGUGACAAUUGGAGAGGAAAAGAAAAUUUGCACCAUCUCUGAGAAUUUCCUGAGGAUGUGUGAAUCCACUGAGCUGAACAUGACCUUCCACUUAUUUAUUGUGGCACUUGCUGGAGCUGGGGCGGCAGUUAUUGCAAUGGUUCACUACCUAAUGGUUCUGUCUGCCAACUGGGCCUACGUGAAAGAUGCCUGCCGGAUGCAGAAGUAUGAGGAUAUCAAGUCGAAGGAAGAGCAGGAGCUUCACGACAUCCACUCCACCCGCUCCAAAGAGCGGCUCAACGCGUACACAUAAAUAAAACUGUCCUGUCCUUUCUACCAUUUGAAUGCUUUGGUGUUGAACUAAAGGCCGUCCAACCAUCCAACCACCAAAAAACAAAUUGAAAGUGCUUCUCAUCAGUGAUACUUAGGGUGACUUAUGAGUCACCUGAUACGAUUCUUUGUUGUUUAGCACUUAGUUUCUUAAUUCGUUAAAUUGGUGUAAUUCAGAUCUCUUCUACAAGCUCCUAUCCAGCCUUUGUUUUGAAAUUUCUCAAACUCAUUUAACAGUUCUGUGAGAUCAAAUAUACUAACAUUGUCAAAUGCAAAGAUUUGUUUGAUUUUUAACCACUUCCUGUGUGUUAUGCAUAACAACUUUGGCAUUAUUUCUUAUGUUUUUGAAAAGAAAAUAGCUUUUUAUACUUUUUAAUUUUGAUUUCGGUAACUAGUUUAACUACAGGUAACCUUCAAAGGGACCAUUGUACAUUAAGAACAAUAGACAGAGGUGACAUCAUGAUGACUCUUCUUGAGAUACAGAAAUUUUAUCUCAAGAUUAGUGGCCACAUUACUACAGGCCCUGGUUAAUGUUUUCAUCAAUCUAAGGUGCAAUUUCUAAAUUUGUAAGAGUAGGUAAAAAAAAAAAAAGUGCUUCUUAUCUUUGUUAACAUUGUAUUUUUCUUGAUGUACUCAAAAGGUAUUUCUCUCUGAUUACUCAUGUUUGUUGUGAGCAUGUAGAACCAAUGACGCUAAUGCAUGGCUAGUUGCCUUUUUAAGAUUGUGACACCAGGCUUACCUUUUAAACUUUACAGACAUUUUAAUGAAAAUAAAUACUUGUGGAUUGCUGGAGAAUGAUCUCUUGGUGAUUUAAGCAGUGGCUGGAUUGGAACUUUUAAUAUGUUAAUGUGGAAAAUUAAUUGCCUUUAUGAAGGUGAUAUUAAAAAUAAGCACACUAAUCCCUCAGAAGUUGUUUUACCUGCUUUAAGGGUUUUAAUGGGUUGCACCUCUGUAAACUAUCCCUGAAAUGUGUAUGAUAUAUUUGAAAAGGCUUCCAUUAAUCACUUUGCUUGCAGCCUUCCAAUCUAUUUUGGCUUACCUGUAGUGUUUUUUAAAAUGUGGUCAGAGGCCACUAUAGAAUGUAUUGUUUGGAAGUAUAGUGCUAUAUUUGUGUUUUUAUUUCAAGUAAGUCAUUUUAACCAAAUGUUCAUUCAUAUUCAUUUAUAAGAAGUACCUGUAUCAAAAGAAUUAAAAAAAACAAUCAGUAUUAUCGGACCAAAUUUGGUGUUUGUUUUUAACCUUGACUCUCUUCUUUUGAUUAUUUCUAAUGCUACAAGAAUGCUGUAAAGUGUCUUUUCAAAUGAUGUAGCCUGACAGGACAUUUUUAUCAGUGUAUAAAAACUAGGUAGUAUUGUGCACUGAUUUGACAUUGUGAAAUCCUUUCUCAGUUUAAGUGCAUUUCUAAUAAAAUUUAUUUGGGUGAAACAAUCAUUGUACAAUGACUAGUCAUGCAUCAAGGUAAUUUUACAAGUUCUUGUAGUUUGUAGGGGGUAUUACUAGAAUUUCCUGUGGCAUGAUUAUGCAUUCUGUAGUAUUAUUUAAAUUAAUUUGGGAUUGGUUUUGCUUUUUUUACACUUAGGUUAUCUUACUGGUUUAACAUUUUUCUGAUAUAUGCAGUAUUACAGAUAUUCAGCAAAAGUAUUAAUGGGCUUCUUUUAAUUCUAUAUUAUAGUGUUUUAGUUCUGUGUCUUAACAGUUUGUGAUGAUUUUUAAAACUGUCUUUUAAACUUAUGUAAUGAUGUUGAUGCUUUUGGCUUUUUUUCUGGUAUUAGAGUUUGUAUUUUCACAGAGUGCUUUGUAGCAGGCAUUACAAUUAAUCUGUUUUGUACAUAAAUGUGCCAACAGCUUGAUGGUGGCGUUUUUGAGAUGUAGAACAAAGUGCUUGCAAAAUGUAAUAAACACACUUGUGUACUUUGUGUACUUAUUA